GGCAAGAGAGCGGAAUAAAGGAGGUGGAGAAACUAGAACCAGCGAAAGGAUAUGGAAAAGGAGACGUUGGGCAAAAGACUACGGUCAGCAAGCCUGGUGCUUCAAGAAAGCAAGCGUUCGCUUCAACGUUAAGGCUUCCAGAGAUCCAUCUUCGGUAGCAUCCAUUCUGAGGCCGUGUUGAAGGCGGUAAAAAAGGUUCCAGGAUGCUUUUCAGUAGAAGGGACUUGUGGAUGAAGGUCUAAGAGCGAUCAAGUACCCAGCCGCGCUCGACCACAUCUGCAAGCAUGA